AUGACUGCGACUGGAACGAGCGUUUCGCUCCUCAAGUUUGUGGGCACUGUCUCGCUUGGUCUGCUGACGGGCGUCUCCUACUCCAUCUCGUCCCUCGCUCUCCCAGUUCUUCUCCGACUUCCCUCAUCCUCCUCAGCCUCCCACGGCCUCGCAUCUCUCAGCGACGCUCUUAAAACACCUAUUCUGGCUCUCACCUCUCUCGCCGCAGCGCCGUUCCUCAUCAGCUUUGCUAUCGCUCCUCGCUCAUCUCGCCAUCCCUACCUUAUCUACACAGCCCUUCUUGCUACUCUAUCCUCUGUCGCCCCUCUCCUUAUUCCCACGCCUGCUCCACGACGUGUCACUUCCUCGGCAGCACGCCAGUCUUCGCGUGCUAAGAUGGAAGCUAGCUACGAGGUUCUAGGCGAUGCCCACAGCGAGCCUGCCAGUGAGGAUGAUAUCGACGACGUCAACGGCGAGGGAGUGCGAGCUGAGGUCGAGGGUCUUGCACGGAGUUACAUCGCCCGAACAGCUCUCUCUGCCCUCGGUUUCGCUAUGGCAGUUGUUGGUAUCUGGGGUGAUGGUUCGCCCCAGGCUGUUAUCUAUGCUUCAUAA